CUUGUAUUAAUAUUACAUACUACAUUUGAUUGAUCGCUUGCCAUCCCUUAUUAGGGUCCCCUUUUGUUAUUAUGUACCUCUCUAGGUACCCAAGAACAACUCCUGUAUAAAUGAUGACCAACCUCGUCUACUUUCUCCAUCUUCAAGCUUGCUUCUUCUCAAAUAUCUUCCCCAUUGACAUAACGUAUCUUCUGACAAUCACUACCCUACAGGAUGGCAAGCAAUACGAGCGAAACUAAGAUCAAACUCGACUUUGAAACGUUCUUUAACGUUAUCGACGGCCAGCUCUGUAGUUCUAGCACGGGAUUGACCCGAUUCACUGUGAACCCCGCUACACUAGAGGAAAACGCCAGCGUACCCGUUAGCACAAUUGAUGAUGUCAACAAAGCCGUACAAUCUGCACAGAAUGCAGCGAAGACUUGGGCCUCGACACCGUGGUCGGAACGCCAGAAGAAAUUGAAGGCAUACGCUGAUGCUUUCGAAGCCAACGCAGAAGGCUUCUUACAAAUGCUACUGAAUGAACAGGGCAAAUCGAUUAGGGAGGCUCAAAUUGAGCUUUGGUUGACCUUGACGUUCUUGCGCGGCACUGCCGACCUGUCCUUGCCUGAAGAGGUGAUUGAAGACAGCGAUAAACGCAAGGUCCUCACGCGACACGUACCACUCGGUGUCGCAGCUGGACUCGUUUCUUGGAAUUAUCCUAUUUUCAUAGCUUGUGUGAAAUUUGCAUCGGCUCUGAUCACUGGCAACGCUAUCAUCUUGAAGCCUUCUCCCCAUGCUCCAUACUGCAACCUUAAGAUAGCCGAGCUAGGCCUGCACUUUUUCCCGCCUGGCGUUUUACAAGCUCUGAGUGGUGAUGAUAACCUGGGACCCUGGUUGGUCGAGCACUCAGGCAUCAAUGUUGUCAGCUUUACAGGCUCUGUUGGAGUGGGAAAGAGGGUGAUGGAAUCCUGUAGCAAAACGCUGAAGCGAUGCGUUCUUGAGCUAGGAGGUAACGAUCCUGCUAUUGUGUGUUCCGAUGUUGACAUAGAGUCGACUGCCCCCAAGGUCGCAUACUUUGCUUUCGCCAAUUCUGGUCAGAUCUGCACUAUACCCAAGCGUGUCUAUGUGCAUGAGUCGAUCUAUGACAAAUUCCUCUCCGCCAUGGUGGCAUACGCAAACAGCGUCAGCUUGAAACAAGAUGAAAAUCCCUCCAUAGGCCCAGUUUCUAACCAACCUCAAUACGAGCGUGUCAAGGAGCUGCUUGCCGAUAUCGAGAAGGACGAACUCACUAUUGCCGCAGGAAAUACGAAGCCACCUGAGGGCAAGCAAGGCUUCUUCUUAUCCCCAACAAUCAUUGACAACCCGCCAGACAAUUCAAGAAUCGUGACCGAGGAGCCUUUUGGCCCGGUGUUCCCGGUAAUGAGGUGGACUGAAGAGUCAGACGUUGUUCAACGUUCUAACGAUACCAAUUUUGGCCUGGGAGCCUCUGUGUGGUCAAGAGAUAUAGCACAAGCCGAUCGCAUUGCUCGACAGCUACAGGCGGGGACGGUUUGGGUCAAUACACAUGCAGAGGUGGACCCGGGCAUUCCGUGUCCAGGAUUUAAGGACAGCGCAAUUGGCGUCCAGUAUGGUGUAGAGGGCCUGAAGGCUUACUGCAACCUGCAGACCUUAUUUACCAAGCUAGAUUAAGCAGUCGUUUACCUUGAGUUUACGAAGGGACUGCCUAGUUUUUUUGUUUAUUUAAUCAACAGGAUCUGACCUAGGAGAGGAACGGUUGCUCCUUUAUAAGCAUUUAUCCAUGAAGUAAA